AUGUCGACGUGGGUCUCACCUUCUUUGUCGAGGUUCAACCGCGGCACGCCCUCCACCACGUCUUCCCACGACGAUAUCUCUUCGGCGGGACCUUCGGCCUUUGCCCCGCAGUACGAGGCCGUUCAGCUCGGUUCUUCGUCCGUACUCAAACCACUCACUCCACCGAAUGUGUCCAACUUGACGCCUGCGACUUGUCUUGCGAUUGGCGAGUUCAAAGAGCUUUUGCGGCAGUAUCGCCAGCUGGAUGACGGUAUUACCACACGCCUCAAUCGGAGUUUCGCGCGUUCUCGCGCCCUGGGGCAGUCGACGUCCCCCUCGCUACUCUCCUCAUCCGGGAUGACGUCGGCAAGCUCUGCGGAUUUGGGGACAAGUACCUACGCUACGCCUGCGCCGGGUGCGUGUGCGGCGUUCUGGCGUCAACUUGUCGAUGUCUGGAUUGGACGCGAAGAGGCCGUCCGCUUCUGCAUCAAGGUUGUCGAUCAGCACUCCAACCCCCCACCACCACCCACGUCCUCAGCACCACCUUCAUCCGCAGAUCAGCUCCUAGAUGCAGACUACCACCCUUCCUCGCCAAGUCCGAAACGCGAACAGCGCUGGAGCAGAGCAGAGAACAGUGCGGAGACGCUGGCCAGGCAGCUGCACAACGAGCUCAAGGUCGAAAGCAUCAUCCGGGCGAGGAGUCUAGACGCUUUCAAAUCGAGGUGCAAGUUCUUCACCCCGUCUCCACCGGCAGGCCCAGAGGGCGAUAGGGAGAGGGCCAUGUGGUUGGGUCAGCCGACGCCCGCUGCUCAGGCAAGUGCGCAGGGUGCUAUUCGGCCCUGA